AUGGAGGUCGCGGGCGGGGCUCGCCAGGAGCUCUCGCCCGAGUGCCGCACCGUCGCGUGCCUCCCGCCGGUGGUCGUCGGCCUCUUCCAGGGCGAUGCGUGGGACAUGUCUCAGGAGCUCCUCGCACGAAGCCUCGGUGUGACGACGGACGUGGUCAAGGAGGCCUGGGCCAGCCUCGCGGAGCAGAUGCUCUGCAUCGGGCGGGACGCCCUCGCGUCCGGGCUGGUCACCGGCGACUACGUCCUCGGCGUGCCGCCCGAGCUCGUCAUCGGCCUGCCUGCCCGCACGCUCCUCGACACGGUGGAGCGCUCGCCCGGGCCGGACGUCGUCCUGGCCAGCGGCCUCGUCCUCACCGAGCACAGGCGCCCCCGCGGGGCGUUCGCCGACAGGGCCUGGGAGGAGCUCCGCAGGUCCAAGGCUGCGCUGCCGGAGCUGGCCGCCGCGGGCGCCGAGGCGCGGGAGUGCCUCUGCGGCCUGCUCCUCGCGGGCGGCGGUGACCCUGGCGAGCUGCCCGCGGGCCUCGCGAGGGCCGUGCGCGCGCUCGAGGAGCUGCCCUCGGGCGCGCGGGAUGCCGUCCUGGCCGUGCAGCGGCCCCUCGUCGGACUGGCAGUGGAGUGCUCGCGGCAGGCGGCCUUCAAGGAGAAGCUGAGAGAUUUGAUCCUGGCGAUCUCGGCGGAAGACGGGGGGCCUGACGGCGUCGGGGGCGCUCUCCUGGGGGGGCCUGGGGGGCAGGACUGA